GGACCGUCAACGUUCUGCAACUUCACGCCGUUCCGACAUGGGUCUCUAUGAGGAUGGGGUUAAUUCAAAAUGGCCCGCUGCGCGCUGCUAUCUCUAGCAUCACACAGCAUCGACUUGAUCAACAGCUCAUCAACGCCUUCUUCUCCAACAGUUUCCAUUUCUCCCACACCCACCUUUAAAAAUGCCCAAGACUAUCCCUGUCCUCGACGCUGCUUGCCUGUCCAACGGCACAGCGCAGCAGCGUGCGGAGUUCAGCGCAAAGUUUCUUGAGGCACUGACUGAGUUUGGCUUCUGCAAGUUGGUCAACCACAGCGUACCUCUGCCAGUGGUUGAAGACACCUUCAACAAGAUCAAGAGUUUCUUCAAGCUUCCUUUCUCUGAGAAGAAGGACAUCAUCAACGACCCCAAGAAGGGUCAACAGCGCGGCUGGAGCCCACCAGGCGAGGAGAAGACUUGGUGGCUGGAGAGCAACACUGGCGAUGUAGAGUCGCCCAAGUUCAGCGACAACAAGGAAUCCUUCGAUUGUGGACACCCGAAUGACAAGCACUUCCCCAACCGAUGGCCCACGCAGGAAGCUCUGCCCGGCUACCAGCAGACCAUGGACCGGUUUUUCUUCGACUGUGGUGACCUUUGCAGCAAUCUCUUGGAGGUUCUCGCUUCGGCUAUGGGCCACGAGUCCAAGCUCUUCUCCUCAAAGUGUACGCACGAAGCCACCACUAUCCGCAUCAACCACUUCCCGCCUGUCAAGCGCGAGACACUCGAGACAGGCCAGGUCAGCCGCAUCUGGCCGCACAACGACUUCGGGAUCAUCUCACUCGUGUUCCCCGACCGCACUGGCGGGUUGGAGUACGAAGACCGUGAGAACCCGGGCAACUUCAUUCCGAUGCCCUACAACGGCGACGACGAGGUUGUGGUUAUUGCAUCUGAGACGAUCCAGCGCUGGACCAACGGCAGCGUGCGGGCUGGUCUGCACCGCGUCACCAAACCUCACGAGAUGGACCCCAACGCCGACAUGGUCCCAGAAAGAUGGAGUCUGGUGUACUUCGUGAAGGCCGACCGACACGUCAAUGUUGGCCCGCUAAAGGAGUUCAUCACAGGGGAGGAGAAGCCGAUGUACGAGGAUCUCACUGCGCUGGAGUAUCAGGCGAUGAGGAAUGCGGUUCACUACCCAGAGCCAGAGCAGAUGGAAGCUGUGGCAGCAUACUGAUGUGGUGUGGAGUGAGGAAGGGCG